AUGGCACCUUCCAAUUCUGCUUUUCAUAAUGAUGAUGUAAAAAAACAACCUAGUAAUUCCAAUUUAAACACUUAUGGAGGAGCAUCUCCAAAUUUAAGACUGCCAAAUUCAUCAAGUCCACAACACUCACAAACUAACAAUAAUCCAUUGCUAAACAGUCAUAGUAAUAGUAAUUCACAAUCAAAUUUAAAUUCAAUGAUACGUCCAUCAAUGCAGAGUUAUAACUCAAAUGAAUCUCAAAGUUAUGAUGAUCAUAUAUCACAGAUAAAUCAAAACUCAAAUAAAAACGUUGACUUAAAAACAAUUGGUAAACAUUUAGUAAGUCCUGAAGACAGUCUAAAACAACAAGGUGGAGAUAUAACUCGUAGAUUAUAUCAUCAAAUGGAAAACGUUGGAGAUGAUCAUUCUGGAGCAAUUAGUAUAAGAGAUCCUAAAAGAAGAGCAAGAAGUUCAUCAUUUUCAACAUAUCUAGAGGAACAAAGAAGAGGUUCAAUGGCGAGUGAUAUAAAUGUUCCAGGUGGGUUUAGAAGAGAGUUUAUAAUUCAAAAAUCAAUAAAGAAAAAUGAAGAACCACCAAAUUUCUUGUCUAGAAAUUUCAUGGAAUUUUUAAGUAUGUACGGACAUUUUGCUGGGGAAGAUUUUAAUGAUGAUGAAGAUGAAGAGAAAAAUGAUGAUGAAGAAGAUGAGGAAGGUACAACUACUGGAGAUUCAAAUUAUGAAGAUGUAUUUGAUGAAGAAUCAAGUUUAUUACAAAAUGAAAGAAGGUAUUUACCAAAACAAUUACCAAAAAUGAAACCACAACCAAAAGGUGCAGCUUCAAUACCGAAAACUUUUUUCUUACUUUUUAAAGCAUUGGUUGGAUCUGGUAUUUUAUUUUUACCAAGAGCUUUUUAUAAUGGUGGAUUAGCUUUUUCAAUGGUCACUUUAAGUAUAUUUGGUUUAUUAACAUAUUUUGCAUACAUCGUGCUUAUUAAAUCAAAACAAAUUCUAAAAUUGACAUCAUUUGGUGAAUUGGGAUAUAAAACUUAUGGGAAUCCAUUAAAAUAUUGUAUAUUAAUCUCAAUUAUACUAAGUCAACUUGGAUUUGUUGCUACAUAUAUUUUAUUUUCUGCUGAAAAUAUGAUUGCAUUUAUUGAUGGGUUUUUAUCAACAAGACCUGAAUGGUUGAAUAAAGCUAAUGCUGUGUUGGUACAAUGUAUUUUAUUGAUUCCUUUAACUUUAAUUAGAAAUUUAACUAAACUUUCAGUUGUAUCAUUAAUAUCUUCAGUGUUUAUUGUUAUUGGAUUAUUAAUCAUAUUUUAUUUUUCAGGUUUGAAGAUUUAUUUAGAUGGAUUGGGACCAAAUAUUGAGAAUUUUAAUUCAAGCAGUUGGACUUUAUUGGUAGGAAUCAGUGUAAUCAGUUUUGAAGCAAUUGGGUUAAUCUUACCAAUAGAAUCUUCAAUGGCUCAACCUGAAAAAUUCCCAAUGGUUUUAGCAAUUUGUAUGUUUAUAAUUACUACAUUAUUUGUUGCGAUUGGUACUAUUGGAUAUACUGCUUUUGGUGAUAAAGUAAAAGCAAUAAUAAUUUUAAAUUUACCACAUGGCAACAUAGCUGUACAAUCAAUUCUUGUAUUAUAUUCAGCAGCUGUAUUUUUAUCAGCUCCAUUACAAUUAUUUCCCGCGGUUAAAAUCGGUGAAUCUGUUGUAUUUAGACAUAAACGUAAAAAUGGUGAUGGUAAAUUAUAUUAUCAUUCAGGUAAAAACAAUCCUCAAGUUAAAUGGUUGAAAAAUGGAUUUAGAGCUAUUUGUGUUAUAAUCAUCUGUAUUACAGCUUAUUUUAAUGCUGAUAAUAUUGAUGGUUUUGCAAGUUUUAAUGGUAAUUUUUGUUGUGCUCCUUUAAUUUUUAUUUACACUCCAUUAAUUCACUUGAAAGCAUCUUCCAAAAAAAUUGAAAAAUCAACUUAUGAUAGAAUUUUACCAAUUAUUGAUUAUGUUUUAAUUUUUGUUGGUAUUUUCACCGUUAUUUAUUCAGCUUAUCAGCUUGUCACCUCAAAUUAA